CUCCUUGAUUCAAAUGAUAGGUCAAGAGGAAGAAGGAAAACAAAUUCAAGAGGUGCUCUCAAGCAUCUAGAAUUCUCGGCCUCCCACCUCUUGAGAAGAAAAUUUGGCCCCAGCUCUGACUCACUCCAUUAAAAACUGGACUCUUCUCUUAAAGCACCAACUGUAUUUGAGCCUUUGGGUGAAACUGGAAGAAAGAAGUUCACAAGUGCUGUGGUCUGUGCAGGAGUCAGGGGCUGCCAACUAGCAGUGAAAACAGAAAGAUGGCAAGCCUGAGGCCCAACAUUCAAGCAGAUCCCGAGAUUGAGCUUUUCGUGAAGGCUGGAAGUGAUGGGGAGAGUAUUGGAAACUGUCCUUUUUGCCAACGCCUUUUCAUGAUCCUCUGGCUUAAAGGAGUUAAAUUCAAUGUGACUACUGUUGACAUGACCAGAAAGCCCGAAGAGCUGAAGGACUUAGCUCCAGGUGCCAAUCCUCCCUUCCUGCUGUAUAACAAGGAGUUGAAAACAGACUUCAUUAAGAUUGAGGAGUUUCUAGAGCAGACACUGGCUCCUCCAAGGUACCCUUGCUUGAGUCCCAAGAACAAGGAGUCCUUUGAUGUGGGCAGUAACAUCUUUGCCAAGUUUUCUGCAUAUAUUAAGAAUACACAAAAGGAGGCAAAUAAGAAUUUUGAAAGAGCACUGCUCAGAGAAUUUAAGCGUCUGGAUGACUACUUAAACACCCCACUUCUGGAUGAAAUUGAUCCAGACAGUACUGAGGAACUCUCAGUUUCCAGAAGAUUGUUCUUGGAUGGGGAUGAUCUGACACUGGCUGACUGCAGCUUGUUACCCAAGCUGAACGUUAUUAAAAUUGCUGCCAAGAAAUACCGUGACUUUGACAUUCCAGCAGAAUUCUCGGGAGUCUGGCGCUAUCUCCACAAUGCCUAUGCCCGUGAAGAAUUUGCCCACACAUGUCCUGAAGACAAAGAAAUUGAACAUACCUAUGCAAGUGUGGCUAAACAGUAGUUAGGGAAGCUCUUCCAACAGAAAAAGCACUCUAUAUAACUCUCUUAUGAAAACAAAACAAAACACAAUACCACACCAUGCUGCAUUUUCUGUAUCUGGCCACUGUGUGUUUUAAAGGUCUUCAUAUUUUUGCUUAAUUUUCUUUAUUUCCAUGGCAUGACCACUGCGAUUCCUGUAUAACUACUGAAAUCCUGAAUGAUAUGGAAAGCACCAAGAUCUUUUGCUAUUUGACUGAAUUCCUAGAAUGCAUCAUAUGUAAGAUCAACAGAUGGCUGAAGUUACAAAUGACAUAAGUAGAGGCACGAUCUCAAACUGCUGCUUAGAAAAAAAUCCAUCUAAACCAUUAAAACAGUUUUCUAUUUUUGUUACUUUAAUAUAUGCAUGAGUUUAUCUGAUGUGAAUAAUAAAAUCAGAGAGUGGGCAUAUCAGAGAGGAAAAUCCUAAAAGAAUGAUUUUUUAAAUCAGCUCUAGGAAGAUAUCAAGACCAACUGGUCUUAGAAGGCAUUCAACACCUAGAAACAUUACUGCCUCAUAGAGAUGAGACUAAACCUUUCAGACUAGAUGAUAUUGCUGUUAAAUGAGCAAGCAUUCAUUAGAUAAAACAUAAUUUUUAAAAGAUUGGAAGCAAAUAUAUGGCAAAGGUGCAAAAUAAAUCUGAUUUUUUAUUCAUUAGCAAUAAAAAGGAAACCAAGAAAUCUGAUUUACCAAAGGUCUUGUUGCUGACCUUAAAAGGAUAAGGCACCACUUUCUUAGAGGAUAAUCACACAGCUUUCUACAAAAUUGAAAAGGUUCCAUUGCUAUAUAUACUCAUUUACAUGUUAAAAUACAAUCAAAUCUCUCAAAUCUGAAAACAAAAGCUGAGCUUAACUCUUAUGCCUUCACAGGAGAAACAAAGUUCAGCCUCAAAAAAAAGAAAGGCACAGUCUUAUUACAGGCUUUUGGGGAAGGGGGGAGUUUAGGUAAAAUUUAAAUGAGGCAAUGUUUUAAUAGGUUCAAAGAAAAGUACGGCAAUAAGUAAAAGCUUAACAGUCCUCAACAUAGGAAGGGCUCCUGUCCUUGGAAACCACAGAGUUAAGAUGAAUGUAUAAUGUGGUAUCUCCUCUUUGCUGGAAGAUCCCUGAUGUGAGAAAUUGCACCUGAACUAGAUGGUGUGGUUGUGGCUUCUCUGAAUAGCUCAGAGCAUUCUAUUCUCACUGAUAUGAUUUCAAAGAGUAAGGUUUUUUAAUAUCUAUGAUUUUUUUAAUUAACUCUGACCCUGAAGUUCCAUUUUAUUGUCCAUACCAUGGCUUUGAUCUUUGCAUUAAAAUAUCUUUAUUAAA